AUGGGCCUUGCACUCGCUGAGAAACUCGGCUCCCGUGGCCUUGUCGCCUUCCCAAUGUGCCCAGGUGUCUGUUAUACAAAUCUUUCAGCCCAUGGAGCAGAUGACUAUGCUGCCUUCUCCGCAGACCUUACGGAGAUGGACAACAUCUAUGGGGGAAAGUCCUUAUGGGGCAUGGGUGAUAUGCAGUUCAAAGACCUGGACCAGGGAGCUGCUACCCAUGUUUUUGCCGCAUUUGAUCCCGCUGUUGCGGCUUACAAUGGUUCGUUCCUGAGUGAUUGUCAUGUCGCAGACCCGGAGAAGGAAGAGGUGUACUCCUUGGCCCUAAGCAAGAUCGAUGCGCAGAGAUUGUGGGUGCUUAGUGAGAAGCUUGUUGGCCAGGAGUUCAAUUAUUAG